AUGGCCCAAGGCAAGCGCAAUCGUGACGACCACAGUCGAGCGAUCCAGAUCGCCAUGGCUGCGUUCAGCGGCAACCAACUACCGCGGAGCCUCCUCCAAAUUGCCUUCAAGAGCUACUACCGGCAAAACGACCAAGGCCACUGGACGAUGCAUGAGGACGAGCUCUCAGAGCUCGAGCUCGAAGCCGCUGCCUGGACGACGCUCCGCAAGCACGUGGACGAGCUGCCGGACGAAGGCGCCACGGAAGCUCUGCCGCUGCUACAAGCUCUCUUUCUCUUGGACAAGACGACGUUCGACAACGAGUACGUCCGGCUUUCCUACUCAUUCGCGAAAAAACUCAGGACCGAGGCGCCAGGGACUCCGGCGUCGCCCGCGCCUUCAGCGACCGCAGCCACCAGACGCAAGACACCCGAGCCAAAGCGUGCGGCGCCACCGGCACAGAAGCAUUUGAACUUCAAUGCCCAAGUGCCGCUAAAGCCGGCUGCAGCUACACCGCCGCCGUCCUCUGUGUCGCCCACCACCGCGACGGCUCCGAUGACGCACGUGCUCUCGCCCAGCUCGACGCCGGCGGCGGCAAUGCCGUCGACACCCGGCAGACCGUCGCCGUACAGCUCCAAACCUCCUCUGGUACCACGGGCGUCAUAUACGCCGGUCUCAUCGACUGGGACGCCGGCGCGCACGCCUUUGUCGAUGCCGCCGCCCCACCGGGAGGCAAAACCAAGCAAGUACGACGACGAGCUGUUCGGCCCUUUGCCGCUCUCCCAGAGCACGGGGUCGAGUGAGUCGUCUCAAGAAACUAACAUGCCGCUGUCGGCGCAGAGUCCCGUCCCGGUGAGCGCGCGUGUCUCGGUGCCGCCGGCGACUCCCGCGCCUCCGCCGCCUGCAACACUCCAUACGCUGCAGGCGGCCAUAUCUUCGAUGCAGGCCUCGAUGCAGGCCUCGAUGCAGGCCUCGAUGGAGCUCCAGAGUGCGGUCGCCAAGGCUCAACAGGCCAUGAUCACGGCCAUGACCAACAUCUUCGCUCACGUCAAAAACGAUCUCAAGGCGAUUCGUCGCCGCGUUGAUGGCGGCGGCGUCGAUGAGCUUUUCGAGCGAGUGUCGCUCGACCCCGACAGCAACCUCGUCAUGCAGCAAGAUAUUGUCGAGUUGUCCGCUGUCACGGGCAUUCUCAAUUCCUCAAACACCUCGUUGGCCGCCGACAAGGCCAACGCCGACUCUGCUGCGAUCCUCAAGAAAGUUGAUGACUUGUCCGAACAGCUGCAAGCCGCCGACGCUGCGUCCCGCGCUGCGGUCUUGCAGAGCAUUGGUGACUUGACGAGCCAAGUGCAAGCAAGCGACACGGCGACGCGUGCCGCGAUUCUCGCACGCAUGGACGACUUUUCCGGCGACCUCGAGGCCACGCGUCGUGCGACAGCGACAACGAUUCUCGAGUCCAAGCACAAAGACAUGCCCACGUCCUUCAUAUACACCGAGCACCGCAUCGACCCGGCCAAUCCCGUGGUUCCGGAGCCGUCCGAGGAGUUCCUGGCCGGCAAACGCGGCGGGUUUCUUUAUAUCGUCGACGAGCGCACAGGCCUGCCCAUCCUCGAUUCGAGGAUGUACCCGAUCCCGAUCAAACACACAUCAUGUCCCGACAAGUUCCGGAAGAUCAUCGGCAGCCUUCUGCGUCCAUGCAAGUUCGGAAUCAAGUUUAUGAAGGCGGCCACAGCGGUGGCGACGGUCGUGCCAGUGCCAGGUCUUGUUCUGGCGGUUCCGAUCUUGGAGAAAGUGCUGAGUGGCCUCACGACGGCAGUGGCGGGCAUGGAGCUCAUCGACAAAGAGCUCAAUGCUACUUUACUCGACAUCGUGCGAGAGGGAGACCCCGAUGGCGACUAUGGCGGCGUCGUGCAGCACGCGCGCGACGACGGCUCAGUCUUCUGGGCACGGCCACUCGACGUCCAAGCGACGCCCACCACCAACGACGCCACGCCCGCCAACGACGAUGCGACCACCAACGACACCACGCCCGCCAACGAGUCCGCAUCGCCCGGCCCCAUCGACGCCUGAAUGCUCGCUUCCAC